CGUUCCCUUUUGUGUCCAGAUGGCCCCCGUCCCGUGUUGAAGCCCGACAGAGCGGGUUGCGUGGCGCUCGGCAAAGGGAAGGCUUGCCCGAGUCGUCGUUUCCCCGAGGUGGAGACGCGACCGCGACGUCGUCAGCUUGCGUUGAAGAUGAGAGGGCUGGCGUGCGUGUUGCUUGGCAACCUGCUCUGCGCGGCCGCGUGGGGGUCCUUUAAAGUCAAGGAAGAACGCAGGACGGCCUUCUUCGGCGAAGACGUGCACGUGGAGGUCCCGGCGGGCCGGGCGGGCGGGGUGGUCUUCUGGGCCAAGGGCAACCGGAGCGACCCCGUCCCUCUCCUUCAGGCGGGCGAGGCGCUGAGCCCGCGGGCUCGUCUCAAUGCCUUCGGCCACCUGGUUCUGGCCGACGUGCGGGAGGAGGACGAGGGCGUCUACGUGGUCACCGCCGACGGCGACGUGCUCGCCCGCCUCGCCCUCGACGUCCGAGACUGCGCCGUUGAGGAGGUGGUCAAGUACGGCGACACUUACUACAUCCACCUGAAGGAGGUGCAAGGACCCAUCAGCCUGGAGUUCAGGCCCGGGCCCGGGCCCGUCCGGUCGGACCUCGAGCUCGCCACCGAGCCGCCGGCCGCGCUGCUCCUCCGCCGCUCGCUGGUGGUGGCCGACGCCUACGCCGGGCGGCUGAGCGUGAGCGAGCGGAGCGUGGCGCUGCGCUCCGUCAAGAUGGCCGACGAGGGCAGCUUCACCGUGCGCGACCGGGAGGGCAAAAUCCGGAGGAGGAACUGCCUUCACGUGCGAGCGCACCAGGACUUCCUGCACCCUUACAAAGGCGCCGACAUGACGGUGAAACUCUACCUGCACCACGCCGAAGUCAACGUGGUCUACAGACCCAAAUCCAGCCACCGGGACGGGCCGGUCCUGGAGCGAGGCGUCCCGGCGACGCCGCCGGACGCCCAGCUGGCGGGCCGCGUCAGCGCCGAGGGAUCCGAGCUGCUGGUCAGGCAGGUCCGCGAGUCCGACGGGGGCGUCUUCAAAGUCACCGACCUGGCGGGGUUCCCCGUGGCUCACGUCUACGUGGACGUGGUCGCCUCGGAUCCGGCGCCGCUGACGGUGGCCGUGCUGUCGCUGCUGAGCCUGCUGGCGGCCAUGUUGCUGGUGUGCCUCCUGUCCUGCCUGCGGGAGGAGCGCCGGAGGAACCGCAAGAACGAGAAGCCCCCGGCGGGCCAGGGCGAGGGCGAAGCCUUCCGCCAGGUGGUCCAGGAGGCGUACGACAGGUUCACCGAGGAGUCGCUGACGCGGUCGGCGUGCCGCAAACCGUCCGAGGACGCCGACGUGGUCAUCGAGGCCCCGGAGGCGUCCAAAGCGGGCAGCUACCGGAUGCUAACAUCCGACGCCGACUUGCCGGAGAUGAGCGACUCCGGGGUGGACUGCGCCCUCCCCCCAGACGGCGACGCGGACAUCGCCGCGGCCCGCCCCUCCCGCGAGCCCCCGUCGCCCGACCCGGAGGGCCGGGAGGCAAAAGAGGAUCCUGGCGUCCACGCGCCCUCCCGUUUGUCCGCCCGCGACGAAGCCGAGCCGAAGGAGGACGCAACCCAGAGCGCCUGAGGGGUCGCGUCGCCGUUAGCGUUAGCGGUUAGCCCUCGGGCGGAAGCGUCGGUGCCGACAACAGCAAAGUUUUCUGCAAUCGUCUUCCCAUCCCUGACGCUAAAGAGCGCGUUUGGGUUAAAUGUCUCCCGUAGAUUUCAAAGUUGAGGAAUUGGCCGCCAAGGCACAGCAAACGGCGGCGGCCCACUAAACGUCUUCUCGCGACGGGAAAGACGCAAAAAGCGUUUUGUGAAAAAGGUUGCACAAAAAAUGUUGACCUUCAAACUCCACCAACAGACGGCAAAAGCCAUGUACGAGUUUGCGCGGCAACCAUUGUGCGUCUUUCCCGUUAUUAUUGACGUACCGAAGCGAGCGUGAGCGAG